CUUCGAUUGCCGGCCGAGAUUAUUGUGCUGUGAGUGUGUGCGCGUAGGAGCAGCGCUUGCGCUCUCUGCUGCCUGCAGCAGCCACCGGCGAGUUGCUGCCCUUCACUGUUUCUCUACGGGGUGUGCGAGAGUUGUCCAGUCCCUGCUCUUGGUUAGGUUAGAAAACCGGUUUCCCGGCGGCAGCACUGCUGUCCCUGCCGCGUAACUGCGAGCGCGCUGUGUGGAGCUGGGAAUAUCAGUGAAAUCGGCGCUGACUUCUCUUUCGCCGCCUUCUUUGUUUUCGGUGCGGCGUACUUGCGUCUGUGCGUGUAUGUGUGUGAGAGUGUACGCGGUGUCUGUUUAUAUAUGUGGAUCGGCGCGACGCCCCGGUGACUUCGUAGUGGGAUCUCUCUGGUAUCGCGCGGCGCCGCGGAGUGCGUCCGUUCGCGCCUGGACUAUAGUCCGUGCGGUGCUUCCCUGCUGACCACCGGAAGCCGAGCUUUCAUUUUUUUUUUUCGCCGAAGAACCCAUCGUUCGCCGCCUUGGUCUGGGACGGGGCGUUUCUUUUUCUAACGGUGGCGGCGACGUGCAGGACGAAGUGACUCACCCAGCUGUUGACGCUGCUCCGGAUAGUUCAGGAGACAUCGUAGGCCUAAACAGAGGACAAGCAUGGAGGUCGUGAUCACAAAGCUCCAAUACAUCCCGUACUUCGGCGCCCUCGUUGGCGUGGCGGGUAUUAUCACGAGCUACGCCAUAGCCGUCAGCAAAGGCGACGUUGAUCCGUGGCUGCCGUACAUCAGUGAUGCCGGUGGGGACCCUCCGCAGAGCAGCAUUUUCUCUUUCUCCAUGAUCCUGGUGUCACUAUGCUUCCUGGUCGGUUGCUGCAUAUGCUACAUGAUCAUCACGGUGAUGAACGCAUCGCAAGAUUCCAUCGUUAAAUGGCUGAGCCGCCUGAUCCCGUUGGCCGGAGCUGGCUGCUCGGCGGGAAUGGUGCUACUGGCCAUCAACCCCUUGGGUCACUUGCGUAGAGAUGGCAGCUGGGUGAGCCAUUCUACACCAUUCAAGCUUGACCAGAGUAGCAAACCGGAAACUCGCAUCCGGUUACCCUCCUGCCUUUCUUUUCUCUCUCUCUCAAGCUUCGGCCCCGCGAGUCAAUGUUCGUUUACGUUUUUCUUUUCUGCAUUUUCAGCUAUCGCCUACUGCCCGAUAAGCCAAGCGGAUCAUUUGGGACCUCUUCCAAAUAGUCCCCGAAUGUAUCCCGACGGCAUUCUAGUCAGCACGAUUUCGGAGUGGUUGGUCGUCAUGACUUUCCUGGCGUUCACCACGUCGUUUGCGGCCGAGUUCCGAAAGUUCAAGCUGACGCUCAAGCUGGAGUACAUCGCCGAGCCCAACUCGAGCCGCGCGCAGCUGAAGACGCCAGCUGAGAGCCACGGUGAAACGUCCCUCAAGGAAGAGUCGUCGACGUCGCAGCAGUGAACCAGUGCUCGCUUUUGCCUCUAGUCAGCACGCUGGCCAUCUGCAGACUGUGCUCGAAAGUUCACGAAUGCAGCAGCAGCAAUCAGCAACGCGCCACCGUGGUGAUAAAAUUGUCAGUUAUAGUGCGGAAACGGAGUGGGGUGAAACGUUCGCCAAAUGUGACAUCUACAAUGGCUCAAAGGUCGAGUGUGUCUGAACGUCUGUGUCGGUUUUGCAGUAUUUCGAAACAUUUCCGAGGUUUCUAACUUAGUAUUUUACAAGAUAUCGCUUCCGUCCUGUUCGUCCUUGCGAACACAUCACAUACUCAGCGCCACUAAGAUGGCUGAGUGCUUUUUUAGAAGCACGUAAUUUUACAGGUUCUCCACUGUUCACCAUAUGAUUCAAAGCACACAUACACACACACAAAAAAAAAAGAAAAACAGAUUUGUCAUACUUGUUCUUGCACCAUGAACAUAUCUUUUUAGAAGCCACCUAUAUUGAGGGAAAACUUUCGGAGGUUCUGUGAAUCCGGCCCUGUCCGUUUGUGACGAAGCUCGGCGGUACUUAUUUCGCUAAUAAAUUAAUUUCGCUAGGUCCUCUGCACUGCCAACGAGAACUGACGGAAAUAAUGAUGUUUGUUUACAGGGAGCCAUUUUGUCAUACCUGUGAUACCGGCGGGAAAUGCAUCUAUCGUUUUUUUUUUUCGUUAUUCGUUAAAUUGAUGACUUCGUUUUUCCAAGUGAAUGUUACAAUAAAAAAUGAAUGACUCUA